AUGUCAGCCGAACAUCCGACAUUUGACAGCCCGUGUAACACCGUUUUUCUUUCCUUUUUUAUUUUUCUAUUUACUUUUUCGUUAUUUUUUCUUACUCUUUUCUUUUACUUUUUUUGUGAAUUUUAUUUCUUUUUUCUUUUAGUUCUUUUAUUUUCUUUUUUCUUUUAUUUUUCGUUUAGCUUUUCUUUCUUUUUUUCUUUUGAUUUUUCGUUACUUUUCUUUCUUUUUUUGUUACUUUCUUUCUUGUCUUUCAUUUUUCUUUUACUUUUUUCAUUAGUUUUCUUUCUUUUUUUGAUUUUUCGUUACUUUUCUUUCUUUUUUUUUUUCUUUCUUUUUUCUUUUGAUUUUUGUUACUUUUCUUUCUUUUUUUGUUACUUUCUUUCUUGUCUUUCAUUUUUCUUUUACCUUUUUCAUUAUUUUCUUUCUUUUUUUCUUUUGAUUUUUCGUUACUUUUCUUUCUUCAUCGUUGCUUCUCUUUUUUUACAUUUUUCAUUACUUUUCUUUCUUUUUGUUUUUUCAUUUUCGUUACUUUUUACGUUAAUUUCUUUCUUUUUUACGUUUUUCGUUUAUUUUCUUUUUUCUUUUUCGUUACGUUUCUUUCUUUUAUUUUCUUUUUUUACGUUUUUCCUUACAUUUCUUUCUUUUUAUGUUUUCGUUAAUUUUCUUUCUUUUUUUCUUUUACUUUUUCAUUAUUUUAUUUCUUUGAUUUUUCUUUUUUCGGUUUUCGUUACUUUUCUUUUUUUUGUUUUCUUUCUCUUUUCUAUUUCGUUACUUUCUUUGUUUUUUCCUUACUUUUCUUCCUUUUUCUCUUAUUUUUUCAUUACUGUUCUUUCUUUUUUACUUUUUUCAUUACUUUUCUUUGUUUUUUUCUUCUAUUUUUUCAUUAGUUUUCUUUCUUUUUUCCUUUUCGUUACAUUUCUUUCUUUUUCCGUUAAUUUCUUAAUUUCUUUCUUUUUUCUUUUACUAUUUUCAUUUAGUUUCUUUUUUUUUUUCUUUUUUCAUUACGUUUUCCGCUAUUUUUCUUUCUUUUUUCGUUACUUUUCUUUCUUUUUCGUUACUUUUUUCUUUUACUUUUUCAUUCCUUCUCUUUCUUUUACUUUUUUCAUUAUUUUUUCUUUUUCUUUUUCGUUACUUUUCUUUCUUUUCUCAUUAUUUCUCGUUACUUUUCUUUCUUUUUUCUUUUACUUUUUCAUUCCUUCUCUUUCUUUUUUUUUUUUUUCAUUAUUUUUUCUUUUUCUUUUUCGUUACUUUUCUUUCUUUUCUCAUUAUUUCUCGUUACUUUUCUUUCUUUUUUCUUUUACUUUUUCAUUCCUUCUCUUUCUUUUACUUUUUUCAUUAUUUUUUCUUUUUCUUUUUUGUUACUUUUCUUUCUUUUCUCAUUAUUUCUCGUUACUUUUCUUUCUUUUUUCUUUUACUUUUUCAUUCCUUCUCUUUCUUUUACUUUUUUCAUUAAUCUUUUCUUUUUCUUUUUUAUUUUUCUUUACUUUCCUUUCUGAUUUUGUUACUUUCUUUUUUACUUUUAUGGUUACUUUUCUUUCUUUUUUCGAUACUUUUUUUUUUCUUUUUCUUUAUAUUUCUUCUACUUAA